AUGCAAAUAUGGGACUCUUUCAAAUUUGUAAAAUUGGCUUUGAUGAUUUUAAUUUUUGCCAUUGAUUGCAUAGAGACCGCGAAAAUACUUGCAGUGUUUCCCUUUACGGGCCCUUCGCAGUAUUUAUGUGUACAACCGUAUUUGAAGACAUUGGUGGCGCGAGGGCAUGAAGUCACUUCGAUUUCGGCAUUUCCACAAAAAACACCAAUUACAAAUUUCCGUGACAUAGUUUUGAAUGGCGUACAUGACGAUCAUGAUGAAUUAGUUAUGGAUGUAAUUGACGAAAUGGCUGGUGGUAAAUUGAAGGAACUGCAUGCCGUAUGGGAUUACAUAAUGUUGGGCUCUUUGCUGGUUUUGGAAAACGAAGAAUUUCAGCAGCUACUACGCUCUAAAGAACAUUUCGAUCUCAUUAUUAUCGAAGUGUUCCUACAGGAAUCACUCUACGCAUUGGGCGAUCACUUUAACGCACCACUGAUUGGUGUCUCUACGUUUGGCUCAGAUAUAUCUAUCGACCAAUUGGUGGAUAAUAGUUCACCAUUAGCGUAUGUGCCAUCACCCACUGCCAGAAAAUUAGAUCAUAAGAAUUUCUAUCACCGAUUGUCUAAUUUAUACGUACACACAAUGGAGCUGGCAUAUACUCAUAUGAAAAUAAUUCCAGAUCAGCAGCGUUUGUACGAGAAAUACUUUCCGAAUGCCACCGCAGAUUUAAGUGAAGUACGUCGGGAUUUCUCACUGCUGCUGUUGAAUCAACAUUACUCAUUUAACUAUGCACGUCCGUUGGUGCCGAACGCUAUCGAAGUGGCUGGCAUGCAUAUUGAUCACAAACCCACACAACUACCAACUGACAUGGAAGCUUUCAUCAACGCUUCUCCGAAUGGCGCUAUAUACUUUUCGCUCGGUUCGAAUGUGAAGAGCGUGUUUCUACGAAAGGAAAAAUUAGAUGCCAUUAUGAAUGCUUUUGCCAAACUACCAGUGAAUGUUUUGUGGAAAUUUGAGAAAGAUGACUUACCUGGCAAGCCAAAGAAUGUUUACGUCAGCAAAUGGUUUCCACAACAGGAUAUACUCGCCCAUACCAAUGUGAAACUCUUCAUUACACACGGCGGCAUGCACAGCCUGCUCGAGGCGGUCUAUCAUGGCAAACCGGUCGUAGGUAUGUCCGUCUUCUUCGAUCAACAUAUGAAUGUGGCACGCGCUGUGGCAAAGGGUUUCGGUGUGAGUUUGAACUUUAGGG